UAUAAAACAUUGUAUACACGUACGAACUUAUUAAUGAUAGUAUUACUAUAAAUCCUCGUAAGUCUUCUCCUUCGUUUUUUUUUUUUUUUUAAUAACGCAACGUUGCACUCUCUUAUGGAAAUUUUCUAUUACUUCGGUAGAAAAAAAGAAAAGAAGAAAAAUGAAAGAAAAGUGUUGCCAUUUUUUUUUUUUCUAGUACUACCGAGUUCAAAAUGACUAUUCAUGAAAGUAAUAAAUAAAAAAAAAAAAGGAGGUAAAAUAAAAUACGAAGAGAAUGCUAUUGCUCAUAAAAUCUACCAACAAAUUUAAUGUUGAAUCGAACGGUAAAGUGAAAGGAUAACAAAUAAUUGUCAAUAAAUCAAUCUCAGUCGUAUAAAUAAGUCGAAAUAAAAAUGUACUGAAAAAAAUUUUGGUACUCUUUGAUCUAUUUAUCGCCUAAUCGUAAAAACCAUGUAUCAAUCGAGUUAAUUUCGUAAGAAUCGCAACAUUACAUCAGACGUAAAUCGAUCGAUGUAAUUAUUCGCUAGAGUAUCACCAUCACACCACUUCAUCAUCAUAAUUUUUGUUUUCGUGUGUCAUAACAUGCGUGUUCGUAUAUAUAUAUAUAUAUGUAUUUAUGUAAGAAAAGCGAGAGAGGGAGGGAGGAAGAGAGAGAGAGCGAAAGAGGAGGAAAAAGAUGAACGAGUAACGAGAGACGCCGUAUUUCCAACGACUCGAAGCAAACGCCGGCGACAUUCUGUUCGUGUUCUUUCUACGUCGGAAUUCCAACGUUGGCGCGCGUGGCGCCGACUUUAACCUUUUCGAUGCUCCAGACACGACGAAUAAGCUUUGCAAAAAAUGUUUACGCGAAUACGAGAUGACGCAUGUAUGUAUGUAUUACGUACGAUAAGGGAAAUUGCUUAUAAAACAUCCAAAUUAGUGACGUAAAACAUAAAGACUCUCAAAGCUACGACUUGUAAAGAUGCGAUUCAAAGAUGGGAAGAAAAAACGGGAAUGGAUGCUGCUGAAGCGAAAGAAGUCAUUUUAUCGUUCCAAUGGCCACCAAUUGAAAAAAUGGAUAACAAUUUAGCUGUUUUGGCCAAUGUAGUAAAAUUAUCAUUAUCCACCAACAUGAUAGAGAGAAUCAGUGGCAUUAAUUCUUUAAAGAAUUUACGAAUUUUAUGCAUGGCUCGUAAUUAUAUUAAAAGUUUUUCUGGAUUAGAGGCGGUAGGAGAUCAUUUAGAAGAAUUGUGGAUAUCAUAUAAUUUGAUAGAAAAAACCAAAGGUGUGAACGUGCUUAAGGCGCUCAAAGUUCUUUAUAUCGGCAAUAAUUUGAUACGAGAUUGGGUAGAAUUCAGUCAUUUUCAAGAACUUCCUAAUUUAGAAGAUCUAUUAUUCAUAAAUAAUCCCUUAUGCGAAACCAUGGAUACCGAGGCAUGGCGUAUGCAGGUUAUAAAGAGACUUCCGAAUUUGAAGAAACUUGAUUCAAUUCCGAUAGUGUAUGUGUUAGAGGUUAUUUUAAUAGAUAGAAAAAGGAAUGAAACUCAAAUAUUUUUUUAGGCAUGCUACUGACGAUGUUUAAGAUGCAUUACAUUGGAAGAAAUAAAAUUGAUCAAAGAACAAAAUAUAAAACAUGUAUUUACAUGUUGUAUGCUAUUCCCAUGAUAAAAAUGUAUUACAA